ACUACACGUUUCAAUAAUCUCUCAAACUACAGUAUUCAACAAUCUCUCAAACUACAGAAUUCAAUAAUCUCUCAAACUACAGUUUUCAAUAAUCUCUCAAACUAUACUUCUCUUAAACUACAAUUUUCAAUAGUCUCUCAAACUACAGUAUGCAAUAGUCUCUCAAACUACAGUAUGUAUUCAAUGGUCAAAUUGAAUGCAAUGGUCUCUCAAACUACAGUAUUCAAUAGUCUCUCAAACUGCAGUAUGUAUUCAAUGGUCAAAUUGAAUGCAAUAGUCUCUCAAACUAAAAUUUUCAAUAGUCUCUUAAACUACAGUAUUCAACAGUGUCUCAAACUACAGUAUGCAAUAUUCUCUCAAACUACAGUAUGCAAUAUUCUCUCAAACUACAUUAUUCAAAAAUCUUUCAUACUGUCAUAUUCAAUAGUAUCACAAUGUACAAUUUAG